AUGCCUGGAUCAUUAAAUGAUAUUAAUGUUCUUGAUCGGUCACCUAUCUUUGCUGCACUUGCUGAAGGUCGUACUGCUCCUGUCAAUUAUACAAUUAAUGGGCAUGAAUAUACAAUGGGAUACUAUUUAGCAGAUGAAAUUUAUCCUAAUUGGUCAACCUUUGUUAAGAUAAUCCCAAGACCAUUAGGAGCAAAGAGAAAAUAUUUUGCAAGCAAGCAAGAGUCUGCAAAAAAAGAUGUGGAGCAGGCAUUUGGGGUGCUCCAAUCUCGCUUUGCAAUUGUACGUGGACCUAUUCGACACUGGGAUAAAGAAACGCUUGCAUAUAUUAUGAAAGCUUACAUAAUAAUGCAUAAUAUGAUUAUUGAGGAUGAAGGAACAAUGAACCUUGGAUUUGACCAUGAACAUGAAGUCAAUUCCUUUAUAUCAGUGUCACAUUGUGAAAUACCAGAACUACAUGAUUUUCUUCAAACUCAUAAUCGAAUUAGGGAUAGAGCUACUAGCUCUCAACUACAAGAAGAUUUGAUUGAACAUUUGUGGGAACAAUAUGGCAACGAGUAG